UGAUCUAUAAAUACCAAGGCGCAGGCAUUUGAGGCUGCAUAGACUUUUGAGUCCCACAAUUUCAAUUUCACCUUCCUUCCUGUUCGUUAGGGGUCUGGUUCGAAAACCACAGCCUCCGUCUUCCUUCCCUCCAAGUUUCAGAUCUACGCUCUACAGAAAAUGGAGACUUUCCUAUUCACAUCUGAAUCUGUGAACGAGGGACACCCCGACAAGCUGUGCGACCAGAUCUCUGAUGCAGUGCUUGAUGCUUGCCUUGAGCAGGACCCUGACAGCAAGGUUGCCUGUGAGACAUGCACCAAAACAAACAUGGUAAUGGUGUUCGGGGAGAUCACCACCAAGGCCAUCGUUGACUACGAGAAGAUUGUCCGUGACACAUGCCGCAACAUUGGGUUUGUUUCUGAUGAUGUCGGUCUUGAUGCCGAUAACUGCAAGGUCCUAGUCAACAUUGAGCAGCAGAGCCCAGAUAUUGCUCAGGGUGUCCAUGGUCACUUUACCAAGCGCCCAGAGGAGAUUGGUGCUGGUGACCAGGGUCACAUGUUUGGCUAUGCCACUGAUGAAACCCCUGAGUUGAUGCCCCUUAGCCAUGUCCUUGCAACCAAGCUUGGUGCUCGCCUCACUGAAGUUAGAAAGAAUGGUACUUGCGCAUGGCUGAGACCUGAUGGCAAGACCCAGGUGACAGUUGAAUACCAGAAUGAAGCCGGUGCUAUGGUUCCACUACGUGUCCACACUGUUCUUAUCUCCACCCAGCAUGAUGAGACUGUCACAAACGAUGAGAUUGCUGCUGACCUCAAGGAGCAUGUUAUUAAGCCUGUCAUCCCCGAGAAGUACCUGGAUGAGAAGACAAUCUUCCAUCUUAACCCCUCUGGUCGCUUUGUGAUUGGUGGCCCUCAUGGUGAUGCAGGUCUCACUGGACGCAAGAUCAUUAUUGAUACCUAUGGUGGUUGGGGAGCCCAUGGUGGUGGUGCUUUCUCUGGAAAGGACCCUACCAAGGUGGACAGGAGUGGUGCUUACAUUGUCAGGCAGGCUGCCAAGAGCAUUGUAGCAAAUGGUCUUGCUCGCAGGGCCCUCGUGCAGGUCUCCUAUGCCAUUGGUGUCCCUGAGCCCUUGUCGGUCUUUGUCGAGACAUACGCAACUGGAAAGAUCCCUGACAAGGAGAUCCUUAAAAUUGUGAAGGAGAACUUUGACUUCAGGCCGGGUAUGAUGACCAUCAACCUGGACCUCAAGAGGGGUGGCAAUGGAAGAUUCUUGAAGACAGCCGCCUAUGGGCACUUCGGAAGGGAUGACCCUGACUUCACCUGGGAGGUUGUGAAGCCCCUCAAGUGGGAGAAGCCUCAGUCUUGAGAUUGAUCGAGUGUGCCCUGCCGGUCAUUCAGUGCUUGCAUCAAGUGGGAUGAAUAAUAUGCGUGUUCUCAAAGUCUAAUUUCUAAUUUUCAUACGUUAUCGCUCGUCUUUUCUAUUAUUUGUUUUUCUUAUUUUAUUUAAUGGAUUACUGUAUUUUCAUCCACCAGUGUCUCUGUAAUGAACAGAAUUUUGUCCAAAUUGAUGGCACUGAAGCUAUCCAUGUUAUUAGUUAUUAGCUUUCAAACAUGAACCUGUUAUUCCUUUCA